GCGAGCUCCAGGCGAAUGCGCGGGUUAUGGAUUGCAGAAGAAGAAGAAGAUCGCCGACGCCAGUGAUUCUUAGUACCUCGGACGCUAUCGUGGACAAAAUGACUGACAUUCCGAUGAGGGACGAGGGACUACCACAAAUAGAAGGGCCUCCACGCGACCUGCAGAUGACACCUGAACAGAAGAAACUCAACAUCAAGGGAAAAAUAUAUUUCAACCUUUUUGUAGUCAGCAUGGGAUUCCUCUUGCUAUUCAUCGCCUACCAGUCCCUGCAAAUCCUCCAGAGUAGCAUCAAUGCCGUCGGAGGACUCGGAACCACCUCCUUGGCCACCACAUAUGUCGCUCUAGUCGUAUCUUGCAUGUUCUUGCCGAGCUAUAUGAUCCAGCGCCUGGGUCUCAAGUACACAAUGGCAGCAUCAAUGGUUAUGUACCUGACCUAUUUCCUCGCCAACAUGAAGCCAAUGUGGAUAACCCUCCUGCCAGCGUCUUUCAUCCUGGGCAUGGGAGGUGCACCCCUCUGGACUGCAAAAUGCUCAUAUGUGUCCUUUAUGGCCCAAAAAUACGCCGAUCUCGAAGACCUUAAGGACGCCACUCCGAUUGUAACGGGAUUCUUUGGUCUCUUCUUUAUGGUCUUCCAAACAUCUCAGGUCUGGGGGAACCUGAUCUCCUACAUGAUUCUCCGACCAUCGAAUAAUUCAGCGACCGUCUCACCUUCAUUCACAGAGUUCUGCGGUGCUUCUUUCCACCCGACGCGGGACUUAUUUUUUGAGCAGACCCUACUAAGUCACGCCGCAGAAGACAAACGUUUCAUGCUCGCUGCUCUGUACUCGUGCAUUGUUGUGUUUGCUAUCGCCUUGUUGCUGCUUUUCUUGGAUCCGACAGCACGCGAAGUUCGUAUUGCAAAUCCCCCAAUACAAAUUCUCGUGGAGAGCGUAGGCCAGAUGGGCAAUCUCAAUCAACUACUACUAAUCCCCGUGACGGUGUACAGCGGUCUGCAGCAAGCGUUUAUUUGGAGCGACUACACUCAGGCAUUCAUCAGUUGUUCCUGGGGCGUGCCCUACGUUGGAUUUGUGAUGGUAUGGUACGGUGUGGCUGACUCCCUUGGCUCAGUGACAUUCGGGUUCAUGGUGAAGAUCGUGGGGCGCAUCCCCCUGAUGUUGAUGGCAGCUCUAAUGAACUCUGCCGCGAUGAUCGCGAUGCUGAAGUGGCAUCCAACACCUACGGAGUCUCACAACUACUUCGUCAUCGCCAUCAUCUGGGGUAUAGCUGACAGUUCCUGGCAAACUCAACUUAAUGCGUUGUACGGCGUUCUAUUCUCCCGUAGAAGAAAUGCAGCAUUUUCCAACUACAGGCUGUGGGAGUCCAUGGGCUUCAUCGUCAUGUUUUCGGUGCAAAGUACACUUCGCCUGUACGUCAAGAUAGUAGUACUCAUGACAAUGCUGGUGGUGGCCACAAUCGGAUAUCUCGUAGUUGAAUAUCGCGAGAACGGUUUCCUGGAAAUCUGACUUUUCCAUUAUUUUUAAUGUUCCGUACACCUUUCGGCUUGUAAUGGUGGUUUGGUUUGUACGAUUUGGUUUACGAUGUACGUAACCACAUAUACUGCAACGUAUGCACUAUAUAAAAACUAAAAAGGGCUUCGUUACUCGA